AUGGCGGUGGAAUAACAAUCAGCGAGGUGGAAACAUGGAAAAGAAGGAUUCAGAUUAUCAUGAUAAUUUCUUUGCGAGUUUGAACCAACUCAUACUAAGCUUAGAGCCUGCCAUAAAGGAAGCAGGAUCGGUCUCCGCAGCUGAAGACAUUUUAGCGCACUUGGAGGCAACAGACGAAAAUUUCCACAGAUAUGACUUUGUGCGUCAACUAAGGAGUCGUAUUGACACAACUCUAACACCACUCAUUGACAAGAAAUUGGAACAACUGACUGGCAGGGAGGGGGACAGGAACAAUUCAGUGCCAACCAUAACUGAGGAGAUUAUAGCCUCACCUGAGUUUGUUAACCUUCAGCAGUCAAUUUUAGCUGAUACAAAAGAUGCAGUUAAUGCUUUGAUUCAAAGUUUCUCUCAAAAUCCUGGCCUUCGUCCGUCUGACUAUGAACUCACAGAAAACAGAGGUAGACUCCAACCUUUUAGAUUAUCACUGGAUUCUAGUGAUGAAGAUUCAUCUAUGUCUUCCUCUUUUGGACAGACUGGGUACAUGUUUAACAUGUCACCUGAGAAAUUCACUGAAAUUGCAGAGAAUUUAGAUCCAGAUAAACCUCUUCAUGUACGGAUAAAUGCAUUAAGCACACUCUACCAGUUUCCAUUGUCAGAUGAACUCACUAGUAAAAACUCAGAAGGAAUCAGAAAAGGUCUAUUGGCUGCAUUAGCUGAUGAGGAUGAACAGCUAGCAGAAAAAAGCCUUAAGUUUCAUGCCAGGAUGUUCAUGGCCUCAUCUGCUCAUGUCACAAAGGAGAUCUACACUUGCUUAGCUGAGCACCUGGAGUCUUACUUUAGCGAUACUCAUCGUCAUCGUCUAAACAUUGAAAAUGGUCUAGAUGUGUCAACAAGAAACAACCAGCGAUUGCUUAAAAGGUUUAGGCUGCUGAAUGAAUUUCAGCAUGAAGUUGCCUCUUUUUGGAUCAGAUAUCCUGAAUGGUUUCUUGAGUCAGUCCUUGGUAGUACUUUUAAUCUAUUCGCCGCUAGUUCUGAUCCAGAGUUUGGUGCUUCUGUGCUGCAGUACAUGACACCUUUGCAUUGUCUCGCCCUAGUUGAUCCAAAGGCUACCUGGUUUAAAAAAUGGAUGCAUGGUAAUUACAGUAGAACAGUCGCCAUCAGGGAAGUGAAGAAGCACCCCUCUUUGUUAGUAGAUGCCAUAAGCCACUGUAUUGACUUCUCUAGGACAUGUAAAACCCUUCAAUCCUUGGAAAUGAUGGAGCUUAAUGAACAGCAAAGAGAUGAUGACAGUGAUGGGUUGUUUUAUACUUCACAAGACCUGGAGUAUAUAUACUUUGUUCACUCUCUUUGUCUUUUGGGAAGAGUUCUUCUCUACAGUGGUGGCAGAGCAUUGUUUCCUGUCAUACUGCCAGAUACAGAUGAAACAGUAACAAUCUCAAGUUUAUUAGUGGCAUUGAUAAGAAUCAUGUGUACAGCUCUGCCAAACUCUAAUGAAAAGACUGUAUUAGAUGUUCAGUUUCAUCCUGGUUACCUGGUUUGUGAUGUGCUGAAGAAGCUUGCCAGUUGUACUAAUGCCAGUAAAGAGUGUCUCUGUAAAGAUGUAAUAACAACCAGUCUUUUGUCGCCUGUACAGGCCUGGCUUGACGGCAUAGACAGUUGUGAUAGUGCCGGUGCUGAGAACACUCUGCUGUUUGUAGCUGAUGUUUUAGCCACUUUAGCUGCCUCAGAAACUGGUCAAAGACAGCUGCUGUAUGGAGAGGCACAAGACAGAUGGCAGAGAAGCAGGUUUUCUCCAGCUCACACCAUAGCGAAGUUUGCCAAAAAAGCCUUGUUACAAAGACUUCCUGGCGGAACACCGCCCAAAACGGCGAUUUCUGGCUUCGUAUUCGUCUGUCGUCAACUUUACAGCACGUGUGAUGGACUUAUGGUGCUCAAUCCUUAUGAACUUCAUCAGUGUGUAGCGAACGCCUGGAUUAAGGUACACGAACCAGAAUCCCCAACUGAGGCAGAAUUAGCGUCUGACGAAACACAGCAGGAUUUCAUUCAAGACGAGGAAAUACUUGUUUGGGAAAGUUCGCUGAUUGACAAUCUGUUAAAUUUUGCCGGUACACCGAAAGGAUUGCUACUUCUUCAACAAACUGGAAAAAUGAAUGAAUGUGUGGCGUUUAUGAAUGAACGAUACAACAAGAAACUGCAGGUUAGUAAGUGCGAAAAGUUUGGUUAUGGGCUGAUGGUGACACAGAUAGCUGCUACUGCGCCUGGCAUGGUUGCACUGGAAAAUAGGGGUUUCCUGAAGCGAAUGGUACUUGACAUUUGGACAGUAUUUGAAGGAGCUCAGGACAGAAAACCUGCUCCACCUAGGAUUAAACAUGUGGAUAGCAUCGAUAGCAGAACCUACAAUAAGUCCAUGAACAAUCUGUUGAGCGUUUUAUCAGCGUUUCCUGCUGUAUACGAGGUUCUCGCAGACGCUUACCGCCCAUCCACCUCUGGUUCAGAGAUCGAGGAAGCCGUGACAAAUAGAGAAGCUUUCUCUGCUCCUGUCAGUAUUAUGGAUUUAGUUGAUCGUUUUAUCAUGAUUGACUCGGAGGAGAAGUUCCAUUCGCUUUUCAACUUUGAACAGUCUCACCACUUUGGUCUAAGAGUUCUUAGUGUGCUGUGUUCCUGCUUGGACACAUUCCUCUUUCUUGAAUGCCGCUACAGAUUUCAAGAAUUACUGCUGCAAUCUCAGCUGGACAUUAGAUUUGACAACGGGAAAGACUACAUUAUCGACAUGUGUUCUUUGGAGAGGAACCAUAUCUUGGUCAAGACCUAUCAUGUUGGGGGCACAUCUGAGAGGAUCAUUCCAGGCAGGACCUUAACUGAGAAUGUGGAUAAUCCUUACCCUUGGCCUUUAUUUUCGUCUUAUCCUCCGCCAAAAGACUAUCUUCCAGGUGAACAGCAUGCCAAGAUUACAGCAUUUGAAGAAGGUGAUACGCUGUUAGAAUUUCUGGAAGGCAGUGAACUUAUGUCAGCAGACAGUUUCUCUUGGCUCCAGGAUUGUCGUAAGACGUUUUGUCAGUCCGUAACGUCUGGAAAAACCAAAGCGAAGGGAAAAGUUUUGAAAUUGCUACUUGACAAGGUUUGCACAGCUUUGACCAACGUACCCGAGGAAGCCAUCUUUCCUUUGAUUGACUUUUCAGCCAGUGAAAGCAGUCUGAAGAAUGUCGAACUAACAGACAUAGAGAGCUUAGGAACGAAAGUAGCAGUGCGGUACGGUGUUCAGCUGAAGUUACUCCAGUCCACCACGGACGGUGUGGAAGAUCUGACUUAUCUUCUGAAGUACUGCAAGUUCUUUUUACAAGGACAGCAGCGCACCACAGAAAGCACAUUACGCACUCUGAGUGGUGAGUAUGUCGGUCACGACUGGUUUGUGUCCACCAUUUUUCUGAUGAUGUACGGUGACCCGGAUCUGGCCUGGGAAUUCCUCUUCAAAUUCUCCAGUCUCGUUAGUUCAGGUUAUCUUUGGAUUCGCAGACUGCAUGCCUCGGUGCAUUUACCGAUGUCACUUACAGUCAGCGGUAUUCCUCCACUCUAUUCAUGCACUUGUCAUAACGUGGAGCUUAUCCUAAUGGCCGAGGUGCCUUUGGUGUAUUCUGCCUUUCGAAUGUCUGGUUACACACCAUCACAGAUCUGCCAACAUUGGUUGCGGCAAUGUUUUUGGAAUUACCUCGACUGGGAGGAGAUCUGUUUGUACAUCUGUACCUGUCUUACUAUGGGCAUAGACUAUCAGGUGUAUUAUUGCAUCGCGAUCCUACGCCAUUUGCAACAGGACAUUUUGCGAAAGACACAACAGAAACAACUUUUGAUUUUCCUGAAGGAAAAUCCAAUAGGUAAUUUCAAAGUUGCUGACCAACUGACGUUCAUGCAGGAAUUAGAGGCAAGAUAUCGUCCAACCAUCCUGUGCGAUCUUCAGAACAUCACCAAACCAUGAUGUUGCUCGCUUUAUGUAGUUCUCUGCAAGUUGAAAACGAGAUCUUUGAAUUUCAAUCAGCAGCGAGAGAGUAUUCUAAUUUUAUAAAAUUUCCUGCAAAUUGUCGAGCCUUAAAUGAAAGACUGGGAAUGACAAAACAUGCGCAGCACGUGCACGGAAUCGUUUGCGUGAAGUCGAGUCUCUCUGGAAACAUCUUGACUAUUCGGGUAGCUUUUCUACGUCAUGCAUUGCCCCAGUUUUCUUGGUCCGAGCCCAAGUGUUUCGAAAUUGAACUAUUUACACUCGCUAUUGAUGCACUGGAGCUAAAUGAUUUUAAACUUUUGUUUAGAAAGGUCGUCUGAAACGGAAUUCUUUGUCGUAGAAAGAGUAACAUGACCACAAUCACUUUUUAGAAAUAUUUAGAUAAGAUAAGAAUGUAUUUAGUUUGUCCAAUUUAAGAGAAAUUCCAAGUACAAGUAAACAAAAUACCCAAAAGGACUUUUAAAGCCUGGUGGAGGUGUUUUUAUUGCAUUUCUACUUUUAUUGUUAUAUAAAAUCAUGUUUGUAUAUAAAUGUGUACUAUACAAUUAAUUUAGUUAAUUUAUUAUUUUAAAUAUUUGUAUUUAAAGUUGUAUAGUGCUCGUCCAUACAAAUAUUCUGCUGGCUAUCAUAGCAGAGGAACAUUUGAAACGUUCAAUGAAAACCUUUUUUUCUAAAAACAAUAUAAUUAUUGUUGCUGCUACAAAUAUGACGCUGUAUAGAAGGAAAAUAAAGAAGUCGGAAACA